UGGUUUUUUUUUACAUUUUUUAUUUAAUUUUUUUUAGUGUAUUAUUUUGAUUUGUUGUUUUUGCUUUUGCACUCGAUUUCAUUGCUUUGACAGAUUGCGCUACUGUUUGGCGGCAUUGGCUGCAAUAGCGCUGUGACAGUUGUUCGUGGCGCCUCAGACGGUGCGAUACAAAAUCCGGCGAUUUCAUCCCAUUCAACUUCACCUGUUAGUUGCAAGCGUGUUUUUUUUUUGCUUGUGCUUUUGCAACCAGUAUUCGAGCGGAAACGGUGUGCAGAGAGUGGCAAGAGUGCAAGAUAGUGACUGCAUGUGUGCGAAUUGCCUUUUAUGGUUCUAACGUGGCGCUAAAAUUUGUUAUCAUUUUUAUCAAAAUCCAGAAGUGAAAAAUUUUUUCGCUAGCAACGUGAUAAGAAAUUUACGAAAUAUAUUGAAUUGUAAUUGCUUUGAGCGGAAAGCGGACAAAACAAUUAACUGUCAACUAUACUUAGCGUUCUAGCAAUUGAAUUUUUGUUUUUGGCGCACACUGUCACAUCGCCAUCCACAAAUGAAUCCCAUAAGCGACGAUGCCGCGCCAAUUCUACGACCGCUUGCGCCCACUUUACAGAAAAUCGCCUGCGAAGAGCUGAAUGAGGUGCCCAAUCGUGUGGCCGACGAUGUGCUGGCUCUGCGUCAAUGGAUACACAAACAGCCGCAUUUGAAUGCGCGCACGAAUGAUCAAUUUCUCGUCGGCUUUCUGCGCGGCUCCAAGAAUAGUUUGGAGAAGGCGAAGCAGAAAAUCGAUCGUUAUUACACAUUGAAAGCAGCCUUGCCGGAGGUGUUCAAUGAGCGGCGACAAGUGGACGAUCCGCUUGUAAUGGAAAUUGUGCGCCUGGGCAUCAUUUUACAGAUACCGCUGCCCGCGAACUACCAUGGCCCCUGCAUAACGAUCAUACGCGCAUGCUCGUAUGACACUACCAAAUAUAAAUUCGCCGAUAUUGUACGUGUCGGUUCGAUGUUUGGUGAAAUUUUGACAAUCGAGGAUGACAAUUCCACGGUUAGCGGCUAUACUGAGAUUAUGGAUAUGUCUAAUGUGAGUCCUCAUCAUUUUCUGCAAUUGAAACCAGAUUUGCUGCGAAAGUGUUCGAUUUUCGCUGAAGAGGCAAUGCCAAUGCGUCAACGUGGCACACAUUUUAUUAAUGUACCGGCGGCGUUCGAGAAAGGCUUCAGAACACUAAGCACAUUCUUUCCGGAGAAAAUGCUCAGUCGGAUUUCAGUCAACUCUAAUCCCGAAGCGUUGUUUGACUUCGUGCCACGCGAACACUUGCCGCAGGAGUAUGGCGGUGAGAAUGGCACCAUAGCCGAUAUUGUUGAGUGUAUGGAGGCGAAAUUGUUGCGUUAUCGCGACUACUUUUUGCUGGAAACGAAAUUCGGCACCAACGAAAAGUUGCGCGAGGGUAUGCUCUGUAAUUAUGAGAACUGUUUCGGACUGGAGGGUUCAUUCCGUAAACUAGAAGUCGAUUAGCCACAAGCUAUUUUUAUUCAUUUCAUAUUUUUUCUUUGAUAUUUGCUGUGUUUAUAUACAUACAUAUAUAAUAAAAUAAAGUUAUAUAUAAUAGAGAUUGUGACUGGAUAUUCCCAGUGGAUAUCUGUAUAAGUUAUUGAUUAAAGUAAUGAACGUGUCAAAAUAAAACAAUGUAAAGCAAAAUUUAUUAUCUUUUUGAUCGUAAGAUGUAAUAAAAAAUUAGCAAAACUAUAUAAAUUCUAAGUAUUAGCAUAAACAACACUAAAAGGUGUUUUAAUUUUUUCGACAACUACUAAAAAUUACCAUAAAUGUUAUAAGAAAAAUUACAAAAAAAAAAUCAGAUAGGUUAGUUGGCUUUUCGCGUUAGUCUUCGGUUGGCGAAUAUCUUACGAACUAAACUUGCCAAAGUUUUAUAAUAAAUUUAGUUGAUAAAAAUUAAGUUCAAAUUCAAUACUAACGUCAAACUUGUUCCGAAAAAUUCAAAGAUUCUAUGAUAUUGCUUGCGUACAUACAAAAGAUGUUGAGCAAUGAAGAGCGUUUAUUUUUUCAGGAGUACCACAGAAAUAGAUUUUGCUGAUGUUUCGCUAUAAUAAAAAAAUGUAGCGAAAAAACAUGAUAUAUGCAAAAUUUGGAAUAUUUACUCUAGACUCAAGAUAAUCCUUAUACCACCAAUUAAUAAUAUAUAUUUUGAAAUACUACUUAUGUAAGUAUAUAUAUAAAUAUCUGUAUUUAUACUUUUGUUUCAAUAUAACAAUCAUUUGUUGGAUAUUUGUAAUCUUCUUAGGAAUAUAUAUACAUAUGUAUUCAUAGCUCUUAUAAUAAUUUUGGCAUUUGAAUUGGAUUACUAUUAAUUGCACAUGAAAAUAUAUAGCAAUUAGAUAAGCUUUUGCCUAAUCUCAAAAUUUUAUUGCUCAAACAUACUUGUAUACAUAUGUAUAAUAUUAGUGAUUAAGUAUGGAACAAUUGCCUUAGGCUAAGCACAUAGUGAGAGCGAUGUACUGCAGAGUGAGAUAAGCAGUGAAAAAGUAAUAAUUAUUGUUAAAAUGAAAAUCGUAUAAAAGUUUAAGGCAACUUUUUAAGAUUAGUAAUAGUAGCCAUGUACCGUGUUUAUAUUUAAACAAAUUUAACGAAAUCGAAAUUAAUGAAAUAUCUUUAUUGUGAUAUGGGAAAAUUUUCCAAUGAUUUCAACAGUACUGUUGGCCUUGUAGCUUAAGGAAACUAAAAAUCAAAUCCUUUUGUUUUUCACACCGAAUUUGAGCGUACAGAAGGCAAAAUACCGGAAGUGAAAAGCAAUUAACUUCUAUAACGUAAAAUUAUUUCGCACUAAACACACAGUACAACUUCACUUUUAUCUUCAUCUCAUGUAGAAUUAUUGAAAUGUUCGCUGCUGCACUCACUAUGUAUUUUGCUUUAGGCAUGUCACUGAACUUAAAUAAUGCUAAAAAUGCCAAAUAAGUUCUCUUUGCAAAUAAAAGUUGGUUAUCGUACUAAGAUUGUACAAAAUUACUUUUAGAUUGUGAUACCAUCUUAUUUCACUAACGCUCUUCAUAUAUAGAAAUAGCACAAUUUAAGCUUUCUUAUCCAUAUCAAUUGAUUAAGCUAUUAUUGACGAAUUUAAAUGACUGUGCGCAAACACACAGAGUAUGAAAUAGGUCUGGUAUUAAGCGCAGCUAAAAAGAACACCAAAUUUUUGACUCACCACAAAGUAGCAAAGCACUCAAAUAGUCUACAAAGACCUGGUUAGACGAAAGGUCGUUUGCAGUAGUUUUCAAAAAAAAUUGUAAUCGUAAAAGAGAAAACAAUGUCACAACUCUCUGUAAGACCACUAAAUGCACAACUUCAAGCGGCUGCAAUUAAAGAAUUGAAUGAGGUGCCCCAACGUGUGGCGGCCGACAUCGAGACAUUACGCAGCUGGAUCCAACAGCAGCCACAUUUGCGUGCACGUGACGACGAUCAAUUUUUGCUCGCUUUCCUGCGUGGCUGCAAAUUUAGUCUGGAGAAGGCCAAAAGCAAAAUUGACAAAUUCUAUACAUUACGCACCAAAUAUCCGGAAUUUUUCACCAUCAAUGAUGUAGAUGAAGAAAAGGUGCGCGAACUAAUAAAUACCGGCAUACUAGUAUAUUUGCCGACGCCGUUAAAUGGAAAUGGACCACGUAUUGCUGUAGUGACCGUAGGCAGUUAUACAGUUGAUAGAUAUUCCAUAGAAGAUGUUGCGCGGACUAUGGAUGGCAUACAGGAGAUACUAAUGCUGGAAGAUGACUAUGCCGUUAUCUAUGGUAUAACAACAAUAGUUGAUGUGAAAAAGGCGUCCACAGCGCAUUUAAUGCAAAUGACACCAUCGAGUCUGAAGAAAAUGAGUAUUUUCUCGGAAGAAGCUUUGCCAUUUCGCACGAAGGGUACACAUUUCAUAAAUAUACCAAGCGGUUUUGAGGCAUUUUUCAACAUACUCAAACCAAUGCUGUCGAAAAAACAACAAAAGCGACUUUCUCUGCAUGGCAACAAACUGGAUAAACUUGACGAGCAUAUCCCCUUGAAAUAUUUACCUAAAGAAUAUGGUGGUGAGAAUGGUUCCAUUGCAGAGUGCAUUGUCGAACUCAAUCAGAAACUCGAUAAGUACCGGGAAUACUAUAAGGCGAAUGCCCAAUAUGGUACGGACGAAAAGCUUCGUCUUGGUAAACCUGUCGAUUUCGAUCAACUUUUUGGUGUGCAGGGUUCUUUUAGAAAGUUGGAAGUAGACUAAGUAAAUACAUAAUUAAAACACUGAUUUUGUUUUGCAAGCAUGUUUAUAUGUACGAAUGUAUAAGUACAAAACUGUAUGUAACAAGUAA